ACUAUUGAAAAUUUUGACAAGGAAAAGAAAGAAGGUAAAAUUAAACAAAGGUGAAUGAUUGAUUGUAUAUGCUAAAUGGUUACAUCAAUUUGUACUUCUAUGUUUUGAAUCUUUCUUAGUCUAUAAUAAGAUGAUAUUCUUAUCUUUUCAUCAUAGACUUAGCUGGCUAAUUUAUUAAUUCACUACUCAGUAAUGAAUAAAUAUUAGUUUGGUCAUCUUUAAUAAGGUAUGAUUUGGUCCUUCGCUAAGGCUCUCUCUACUUUAAGCAUAAAGUCAGCUUAAUUCAUUGGAAGUGCUAGCAUAAUCUACGAAUGGCAGCUGGUCAACAAGAAGGUGAUAGAAGUGUCUAUGUAACCCCUCAAUUCCAGGCUUCCUUUUCUCUCUUAUCUGAUGAAAAAUGGCAAGAGUACUUGAAUUAUGGUAUACCACUCUAUAAAGCUGCACUAAGGGGAGACUGGGAAUCCGCAAGACAAAUUUGUUCGACAUAUCCAGAAUGUUUCGCAGCAAAAAUCACAAGACAAGGGGACACUGCUCUCCACAUCGCUGCAGUUGCGAGGCGGACUGAUUUUGCAGUACAGUUAGUGACCUUGAUGGUUUCUAAUGACUCUACUGAAAACUUGAGGUUGAGGAACAACAUUGGAAACACCGCGUUUUGUUUAGCUGCAGCAUCUGGAACUGUCGCCAUUGCGAAGGUGAUGGUGCACGUGGAGCCAGAGCUGCCAAUGAUUCGAGGAAAUGAAGGUUUGACACCACUGCAUAUGGCUGCCUUGUUAGGCCAUAGAGACAUGGUCAAGUAUCUCUUACCACUCACCCAUGAUUAUCUCUCAGAUAAGGAACUGAUCACUCUUUUCAUUAGUACUAUCAAUACUGAUUUGUAUGGUAUGUUCAGUAUAUGUUCAAUGUUCUACAUCUGCUUUAUACUGCCUGUCCUUUUUCAGUUGUUCUGUUUUGAGUUUUGCGUUAUUUAAACAUUACACUUUGGCUUUUUUCUUACAGUACGUACAUAAAUGUUAUUGGACUUGUCUCAAUGUAUGUUUAGAAAAUAUCGAUUGUUAAAAGUUUCAUUAUUUGAUAGUCAAAGAUAUUAAUUAUCAAAUCCUUACAUUAACAAGCGUGAAAGUCAAAGUGGAACAACUAUUAUUGGAGUGAGUACUUUUACCAAUUGGUUUAUAUUUGUUGGACGCAAUUGUACAUUUUACUACAUACCAAAUGAUGCAGAUAUAGCCCUUGAGAUCCUACGCAUUCAUCCUUCCUUGGCCAUUGCUCGCGAUGGUUCUGAUGCAAAUGGAGAGACGCCGCUGCAUGUUCUAGCCAAAAAGCCUCUGAAGUCAUAUGGCAGUAAGCUUGGAAUAUGGAGCAAAUGCUGCGACUUAUUAAAGGUGUAUAGAAGCCAUGAGGAAAAUUCUCUACCUCCUAAAGCUCUUCAACUGGUAGAACGUCUAUGGGGUGAAGUACUAAAGCAACGACAGGAUAGCAUAUCAGAACUGAU